GUUUUGAUGCAGUCGGCUAAAAUGUUAGAAGGGACGGUUAGCUGUAAAAACGUCGACAGAAGCGGGUAUUUGUGAAUGUUUUGUAAUUCUAGGUCGGGACGAGCCGAAAUGGACACCCCAGCCCCAUCACCCCGGAGAGAUUUAUAACGGUGAAUCACAUCCUGGCCUCGCAAGAACCCAAACUGUGGCUCUAUUUAUUUUCUAUGAAACAUCCAAUUUAUGCCGAGCUAGAUUCGUUAGAAUCGCUGUUGAACGAUCUCCCAUAUAUGUUUUAUCUGGGCCUGUUCUUUGUGAACAUCCUGAUCCUCUAUUAUGCCUUUCUGAUGGAGUACAUCGUCCUGAAUGUGGGGAUAGUAUUUCUGCCUGAGGACAUGGACCAGGCGCUGGUGGACCUCGGGGUGCUGUCCGACCCGGCCUCCGUCCCGUAUGACACGGACACGGAGCUGGAUGUGUUUGAGGGGUAUCUAGAUUGACACAGCUGUCCUGCAGGAAGACAAACACAUUCAAGUAUUGAUGGUGAUGAUGCAGAGGUCCAGGGCAGAUUGGAUCAGCGUGAACACUGCGUGGUCAGGAUCGAGGGGGGAAAAAGCCUCAAAGCGGAUGAUGUUGAUGCCUUUUUCUCACAAAGACAUAUCAGUGAAAAAGUUGUCUAGGCUCAAGAAAAGGUAACUUGAGGAAGAUUCAGCACCACCGGCACCAUGAUCAGCGAAGGUCCCGUGUUAAGAGCCCCCUGCGCUGGAUAUGCUGUCGGCCCGUCUGUUGCCACUCUAAUGGACUCUGGUUGGACACCAUGGAGUUGGCACCGGCAUCUGUGUCCUUCACAUUGGAGACAAAGAAAGGAAAAAGGAAGCACAAUGUGCUCUGAGCAGAAAGACAGCUGUUCUCUGUGGAUAUAAAUGUCACCAGAGAUGUGGAGCAUGACUCUGCAUUGCAGCCAGGUCAGAUACAGAAGCAGGAUGUGACUCGCUGUGAACAAUUACCCAGGAUGAGCAAGAUCUGGUGGCUGACUGCUGAAGAAAGUGAAUAUAAAACUUGCCAUCACAGUUACAGUGUGAUGUCCUGCACAGUGUGAAGAACUGGCCGACAGCAGGAAACAAUGUCCACUGUAGGUCUGUUGCAUACUUAUUCUUUCACAGUACAACUGGUUUUAGUUAUGUUCUUUUUACAUUUUCAGAACACACAAAGCAUUGCUACUCUGAUGGCUCAAGCAUCCUUGAAGCGUCAUUUAAAUAUAUAUAAUUUGGGGUCAUCCAUGCUGUUUGUCUGCUUCAGGCAUGUACAGACUCUCAGGGUGCAUAGUUAGGUGCUCUGGACACAGGCUGUAAAAGUUGAAGUGAAGAAAAAGGAUAUAGGAGAGCCUUUUUCUUAAAUCAGAAACACCCUAAUAGCCACACUCUUCACUGUAAUGCAGAAAGUAUCAAAGCAUCUAGGGAGAGUUAUUUAUGUAAUACAGUAUGUCUUCUGAUAAGCUUUAUCACAGUGAUUGGGUUCACACAUGUUUAAUUUUGUAUUAGAGGCUAACCCCUGGCCAAAUGUGUGAAACUGUUAUCAGCAUGAGUCGUGUCAAAGACAGAACCCUCACCUGAAAGAGAAACUCAGAAGUGCUUCAGAUAUUCAACUUUAUUCUCUUUUAUUUGAUGCAUCCAUGUUUUAUUGUUACAAAAUGACACAGAAAAGACUCAACGCAUGACAUUUGUGUUGUUUUUUUUAAUUUGUUUAGUUCCCAAAAUAAUCUUUUAUUACACUUUUUUUAUGUUGAAUAUUUAUGAAUUCAGUAAAGAGAAAUGUAUAUUCUUGGCAGCAAUAAUAAACAACAUUCAAGCAAUUCACUACUAGAUAUGUGUAAGCCUUGGAGGCGCUGUACAUACUGUAGGUCGGUUAAGAGCACGUAUAGCCCUGCCUAUUAACUGCACAUUGAUUUUUGAGGCAAUAAAUCAGUAUUUCCUCAGCACAUGACUGCUGUCUGCCAGAAUGAGCAAAUUGUGCCAGUAGUCGUUAUACUCAGAAAUUAGGUUGUUUUCCACAGAAUAAGGGAAGUUUGUUGUCAACCAAAUAACUAAAGAUCUAGAGACAAAAAACUAAAUAUUUGCUCAUCUACGUUUCUUACUCAAAUGAAUGAAAUGAAUUGCCUUACUGUCUCAAUUCAAAACAGUCUGCGAGACAUUUCAUCAAAUUGCAUAAAUCGGUAUAUUUCCGGAUAAUAAUUAAUCUGCAACAGCAUUUAGUUCACGUUACACUAAAGCUCAGGAUACUAAUAUUUAUUUAAUAUUGUAAAAUAUAUGAAUCGUGAAAUCAAACCACAUCAUGCUGGAGGUAGAGGGCUUUAACAGGCUGUUAUCAGUACAAUGAGUUAGGUACAUCAAAUAUUAAAGACUCCCUAUAUUUUAACAAUCAAUUGCAAGUGAAGCUGUUACAUUGGGAGGAUCUACUUUUGUAUGUCAACUGUUAAUAAAUCAUUAGUGGUAGUUGCACUGUGCCGUUUCCAAGGCAUGAUAACACACUGAUCAACUCUGCUCAAAUGUUAGUUUAGUAGAACCCUGUGAGACUCCACAAGGACUGUGAUCAUACAGCCUUUACCCUCCACGUCUGCUUCUAUAAAGACAUGCACAUGCUAUAAUAAGCUUUGGAUUGUAACAGAGUUUUAUUUUCCAACGUGUAUUUAAUAAACUGAGCGAAUGCCAA